AUGACAGACGACGAAAAACAGUUGACAAAUUCGGAGCUCGAUGAUAUUCUUUUGAACGACCCGAACAACCCUGUCAAGAUUGUUCCACGAGAGGACGGGCUGGGCCAUAAGUUCCAGUAUCCUUUUACCAGCAUGGCGGACAUGUGGAAGCAAGUGGCCGAGAAAUUUUCUGAUCGCGAGUACCUAGUGAGUGAAAGCCGACGUGCUACGUACCAUGAGGUGUAUCGUCUGUCGUGCAUCGUGGCGCACGGACUCCAACAUGAUCAUGGAAUGCAGAAAGGAGAUCGCAUUGCCAUUGUUUCUCGUAAUACCAUUGAAUAUGUGGUUCUAUUUUGGGCAGCCAACCUGCUUGGAUGCAUUGUUACCGGUGUCAACGCGUUCCAAAAAGACGAAGUGAUCGCUGCGUGCAUCAACUUAGUAGGUGCCAAGAUGGUCGUGAUGGAUAGUGGCGCUUACAAGGUAUUGGAGCCAUAUUUGGUCGCUUUGACUAAGGCCCAAACAAUUGCCGGUCAGCGUUCGUAUGGCCGCGUCCAAGGCUUGAUGGUCAUUGCCUCGCGUGACGUCGAAAAGCCACCAUCACGCCGUGAACGCACAUGGCUCACGCAUCCGCGCUGCCGGGUGGACGAUUGGGAUGAUGCUGUGGGUCGAUGGACGCAUCACUAUCCUAAGCGUAAAGCUCCUUCCGUCUCCAUUCGCUUGCAAGACACGGCUUUGAUCCUAUUUACCUCAGGAACGACAUCCUUGCCGAAAGCUGUCUAUUCGUCCAACGACCAAGUGAUUUCCUCCGUCUUGGCAGGCGUGUGGUAUGCUCUUCGUGAGUUUGUCCGACUUUUGGGAGAGUUGCCUGAAGGCGGACUGCCUAGCAUUCGCAAGACCCUUUGUAUGGUUCCACUUUUCCAUGUGAUGGGCUUGCAUAGUGUAUUGCUUUCAAGUACGGUGACUGGCGAUGUAGUGGCCUUUAUGCACAAAUAUACACCGGAGAAGGCGCGUGAACUUAUCAAGCGUGAGCAGCUCACUGGCUUGUUGGGCAUUGGCUAUAUGGUCAAGGAGAUCAUGACCAAAUCUAGUGAUGUGGACUCCAUUACCACGUUCGCUGCUGGUGGCGCUGCGCCACCUGAAAGUUUGUCCAAGGUGCCACAGGACCAUCAGGGUAUUCUCAUGGGCGCCAAUGGGUAUGGAUUGACCGAGACCAACUCGGGUGUCGUGGCCAAUAUGGGCCUAGCCUAUCUGCAGCGGCCAAGGUCUAUUGGUGAGCCUGCGCCAUUCUUGCAGGUAAAGAUCUGCGAUGCGUCGACCGGAAAAGAACUGCCGCGGGGUACACCUGGUGAGCUUUGGAUUCGUGCACCCAAUGUGGCCAUGGGGUACUAUAACAAUCCCAAGGCCACCAAGGAGGCCUUCGAUGAAGAGCGGUUCUUCCAUUCUGGCGACUUGGCCGUCAUGGACAGCGAUGGCUUCCUUUGGAUCUUGGACCGUAUCAAGGAUCUGAUCAUCCGCAAGGGUGAGAACAUCAGCUGUAUUACCGUGGAGUCUGCCGUUUUGCAGCAUGCGAGUGUGAAAGAUUGUGCGGCGAUUGGUCUACGUGAUGAGGACGUGGGCGAGCGUGUCGCCAUUCUCUGCGUGGUGGAGCCUGGCAGUACCGUAUCAGCCCAAGCGAUUGUGGACCUAGCGGCUACGUCGCUGCCGCGGCAUGCUGUACCUGACUAUGUAUGGCUACGCACAGUGCCUUUGCCUCGCAAUGCUACUGGGAAAGUACUCAAGACAGAUCUACGCCUGGAGCUGGAGAAACAUGUAGAGGAGGAGAAGAAGCGUGGAGCUCGUGUGCGAUGGGAACCCCGCUCUCGCUUGUAG